UGUCAAUCAAGAAGUUGGCCACCAUGGAUAUGUUCCUGGGGAAGGUGACCCAGCAUGCCAUGAACUAUGCCAUCCGCUCGGGGAUUGGUUUGACGGCUUCAUUUGCCAUCAGACAGACUGCCAAAUUAUUGAGCACAGCGCCCAAGAGCAGUGUGAGGGAUGAGUUGUACCAACUUCAGAAACGACUCCAGCACAAGAUCCACAUUAUAUCACCUGCAAUCGAUAUGAUCGAACUGAUAGCAGCCCGCGGCCACACCUCACUCGAGUCUGCGGUUUCAUUAACCAAAGAGUUACGUCUGGACAUCCAGUCCCUCGGACAGCGCCUCGCAGCUGCCGCCUCUGCUUCUGCGGAUGCAUACAGAACCCGCAAGCACAAUAGUUCUCAGGUUCAGGCACAGAAUGAAAUUGAGCUGAAGCUCAUAGUAUCCGAUAUCAAGCGACUUAUUGAGCGCAUCGAGGAUGCCGUUCCUUUGAUCAACCUGGCAAUCACCACAUCUGGCGCGAGUUUGUCGACUACCCUGCCUCACACCGUUUCUCCAUCUCGACUGCUGCAAGCCAGCACCUUUCUUACCGCUGGCGAUACCCAAUAUUCUAUAACCCCUCAACGUGCCAUUCAAAUUGGACCCACUUUUACACUCACCAUAUACAUGCUCUUUGCUGGCCACGAUCGCCCACAAAACGAAGAAGACAUUCGAGAGACAACAUGGAAGGAGGUGAUGCACAAAGCGAGGGUCAAAUUGAGGCGAGUUCCUCUUGACAUGGUUCUGAAGACUGGGUCUGGUUCCGACGCGAUACCCGCGGCCCAGAUCAGUUCUGCCGGCUGGAAUAACACCGAAGAAUCAUCAACUUCCGUCCCUGCAGAGGCACGAGUGGACGAGUAUGCAUAUCAAAUGAUGAUCAUCGAAGAUUAUGACGAUGAUCGAUAUCACGAUUUCGAGAAUGAUGCACGGCCUGAGCCUUUCGACGAUGUUCAACAAGCAGGUAUUCGAGAAAUGUUGCCCAUUCAUGAGAUUUCCAAGAUCUUUUACGCGGAUACCAGCAAAGUCCUCAAUAUUGGCUCAGACGCAGAAAGCAAUCAUCCAGUCCUUCUCCUCAAACGAGACCUCAACGCAAUUCCUCCCAGGAGAAUGCUCAAGGAUGAUGCUGUGCACGAAGAUACAGACGAAGAGAGUGUCGAGCAAGAAAACUUGAAAGACCUUCCUGACAAAUCUCAGCCAAUUACUGAUUUGGCUCAUGGCCCACUGGAUCCAUGGCGGCUUCCACCCUCUCUUGAUCCCGAAUGGAUUGCUUUUGAGGUCUACACAGAACCGGAACCCAGCGACUCAGAAGACGAGGACAACGACCAACUCACUUCAUCAACCACUCCAACAACCAACAUCGACACCGAUCAAUCUCCCUCUAACCUCGCAUCAUCCCUGUCACAUCUUCGCGUCCACACCCCUUUGACCGCAUCACCGUCUCCAGCCCCAUCCGACCCAUUCAACAAAAUCAAAACAUCUCUAUCUUUACUUGAGCUUCUCCUCCGUCUCACUUCACUACAACAAUUCCAACAACAAUCCCACCUCUCCAUCACCGACGAACUCCUCAACUUCUUCCUCGAAGAAAGCGCUAGCACCGGCGCCGGCGGCGACGAAGCAUACCGACAACACCUCCGAGCUGAGGCGCGGCGCAGGGUAGGCUGGGACCCCUACGACGAAAGCCCUAUGAAAAGACGCGGCGAAGACUAUCAAUAUCAAAACCAAUAUCAGGCUUCAUCUCCAUACGAGGGCGGUCCGGGAAGCGGACGAGGAUUUUUCCCCAGUCCAGAUCUGGAGAGCACGCGGGGAGUUACACCGUCAUCGCCUGUCGAGGGUAACGGAAGGAUGAAUUCCACCGGUUCAGGACGAUGGAGUCCACGCGACAUUAAUCCCCAAACACGGUCGAAGAUGCAGUUUCGGGACGUACGAUCUCCAUCGCCUAAUCCUAUCCCCAGUCCCAUCUUGACCUCGACACAUCGACCAUCAUCGGGAGCAAGGACCCGAUCGUGGGCGAGACGGGAAGGAGAUGAUAUGAAGAGAGGUAGCCCCCUCAGGCCAAAUACGGCAGUCACUGAUGAGGGGAUUGGAACAAGUCCGGCAAGUGGCGAUGGUAUUGGAGACGGGAAUGGGAAGAAUCGGUGACGGGAACAGAGAUUCCUCGAGAUUGUGCUCAAUCGAUGUCGAGGAGACGACUCGAAAACUAUUGUUCUCAUUCAUGGCUGUGAAAUAAGUCACGGCUGCACAGCGAAAUGGUCUUCAGAACGAACGGGAAACCUGCGAAAGGAGGUUCA